GCCUGCACCUCAGGAGCUCUGCCACUGCGCCCCCGCCGGCCGGCCUCACAUGCUCAUUCCCCCUUGUCUCUCGCAGCCUGCGCGCAGGGCACCUUCAAGCCGCUGUCCGGGGAGGGGACCUGCCAGCCGUGCCCAGCCAACAGCCAUUCCAACGCCCUGGGCUCCCCCACCUGCCAGUGCCGCGUCGGCUACUUCAGGGCCAGCUCGGACCCCGUGGGGGCGCCGUGCACCACCCCGCCCUCCGCGCCCCGCAGCGUGGUGCCCCGCCUCAAUGGCUCCUCUUUGCACCUGGAGUGGAGCACCCCCCUGGACUCUGGGGGCCGCGAUGACCUCACCUACCGCCUGCGUUGCCGCGAGUGCCGCCCCGGGGCGCCCUGCAGCGCUUGUGGGGGCGACCUGAUCUUCGACCCGGGCCCCCGAGACCUGGUGGAGCCCUGGGUGGCCAUUCGCGGGCUCCGUCCCGAUGUCACCUACACCUUUGAGGUCUCCGCCUGGAACGGGGUGUCCUCGCAGGCCACCGGGCCCGUCCCGUUUGAGGUCGUGAACAUCACCACCGACCGUGAGGUGCCGCCUCCCGUGUCUGACAUCCGGGUGACUCGCUCAUCACCCAGCAGCCUGAGCCUGGCCUGGACUGUCCCCCGGGCACCCGGCGGGGCCGUGCUGGACUACGAGGUCAAGUACUCCGAGAAGGGUGCCGAGGGCCCCAGCAGCGUGCGGUUCCUGAAGACAUCCGAAAACCAGGCUGAGCUGCGGGGGCUGAAGCGGGGAGCCAGCUACCUGGUGCAGGUGCGGGCACGCUCCGAGGCGGGCUAUGGGCCCUUUGGCCAGGAGCACCAUAGCCAGACGCAGCUGGACGAAAAGGAGAGCUGGCGGGAGCAGUUGGCCCUGAUUGCAGGCACGGCAGUGGUGGGUGUGGUGCUGGUACUGGUGGUCAUUGUCAUCGCUGUCCUCUGCCUCAGGAAGCAGAGCAGCGGGAGAGACGCAGAGUACUCCGACAAACAUGGCCAGUACCUCAUCGGGCACGGCACCAAGGUGUACAUUGACCCCUUCACCUAUGAGGACCCCAAUGAGGCCGUGAGGGAAUUCGCCAAGGAGAUCGACGUGUCCUACGUGAAGAUCGAGGAGGUGAUUGGUGCAGGUGAGUUUGGCGAGGUGUGCCGGGGCCGCCUCAAGGCCCCUGGGAAAAAGGAGAGCUGCGUGGCCAUCAAGACGCUCAAGGGAGGCUACACGGAGCGGCAGCGGCGGGAGUUCCUGAGCGAGGCGUCCAUCAUGGGCCAGUUCGAGCACCCAAACAUCAUCCGGCUGGAGGGCGUGGUCACCAACAGUGUGCCGGUCAUGAUCCUCACGGAGUUCAUGGAGAACGGCGCCCUGGACUCUUUCCUGCGGCUCAACGACGGACAGUUCACGGUCAUCCAGCUGGUGGGCAUGCUGCGGGGUAUCGCCUCGGGCAUGCGCUACCUGGCCGAGAUGAACUACGUGCACCGCGACCUAGCCGCCCGCAACAUCCUGGUCAACAGCAACCUGGUCUGCAAGGUGUCCGACUUCGGCCUGUCCCGCUUCCUGGAGGAGAACUCAUCCGACCCCACCUACACCAGCUCCCUGGGUGGCAAGAUCCCAAUCCGGUGGACGGCCCCGGAGGCCAUCGCCUUCCGCAAGUUCACUUCGGCCAGCGACGCAUGGAGCUAUGGCAUCGUCAUGUGGGAGGUCAUGUCAUUUGGGGAGCGGCCCUACUGGGACAUGAGCAACCAGGACGUAAUCAAUGCCAUCGAGCAGGACUACCGGCUGCCGCCGCCCCCUGACUGCCCCACAGCGCUGCACCAGCUUAUGCUGGACUGCUGGCAGAAGGACCGCAACGCAAGGCCGCGCUUCCCCCAGGUGGUCAGCGCCCUGGACAAGAUGAUCCGCAACCCUGCCAGCCUCAAGAUCGUGGCCCGGGAGAAUAGCGGGGCCUCACACCCACUCCUGGACCAGCGGCAGCCUCACUACUCAGCCUUCGGCUCUGUGGGGGAGUGGCUGCGGGCCAUCAAGAUGGGGAGAUAUGAAGAGAGCUUCGCAGCCGCAGGCUUUGGCUCCUUCGAGCUGGUCAGCCAGAUCUCCGCAGAGGACCUGCUCCGAAUUGGAGUCACUCUGGCGGGACACCAGAAGAAGAUCCUGGCCAGUGUCCAGCACAUGAAGUCGCAGGCCAAGUCUGGAGCCCCCGGCGGGUCAGGGGGACCAGCCCCCCAGUACUGACCCGCAGCCUGAUGCCCACCCCCAGCUCUGGAGUGCAGGGACAGAGUCCCCCCCCCUUCCUGGGGCUGAGUUGGGUGGGGUCCCCACUGGAUUGCACUUUGACCCUGUGGGAAUGGGGAGCUAGCUGGAAGUUUGGAGGGAGAGGACUUGGGGGGUUCUGCUGUGCGGGAGCACAGGAGGCACACGCCCCCCUCUCCAAGGGGAACCCCACACCCAGGGUGCGAGAGCCCUUCCUUCGGGAUGGGGUGUGAUCAGAGGGAAAGGAAGCACCCUUCUCUGCCAGCUUUUCGAGGGAUGGCUGGGUGUGGCCCCCACUGCCUCUGAUUCCCUAAUGGGGCCCUAAGGGUCCCUCCAUCCUGAAGGGCCUCACCCCUCCAGAUCCUGCAGACCAAAGACAGGAGUGAGCAGCCUGCAAGCUGGGGAGGCGCGAAGGGGUGUCCCCACCAGUGACAAGGUCAUUGGAUGGGAUGUCUCCACCUGCCAAGGCUGGCUGGCUCCUCCCCACUCCCUUCCUUGUAAGUGUCCCUCCCUGUCUGCUGCCUUCAUAUUGAAGGCUUUGGCAUUUUAUUGUCUUGUCUUGUUUUGGGUCUUAUUUUUCCUUUUCUUUUUUUCCUCCAUUUUUUUUUCUACUGUCCUUGAUAUGACUUUGUGUAGGAGGGGACCCGUUUCCUCACCGCCUCCUCUGCCCAAGUUUAAACAGGGACCCAUCCUUGUGACUGUUCGCCAAACAGUGCCUUGGUCUCACUACAAGUGCCCCCUAAACCCUCUCCUUCCCCCAAGCUGCAUCCAUGGGGGGGCUGGUGGUAGAAGCCUGAGACAGAUACUUGGUGCUUGGAGGGCCUCUUAAGUUAUAUUUAAGACAAUUUUUUUGUAUAAAUAAAAGAAAAUGGGAAGUAUUUCAAA